CAAAAAAAUAUUUCGUCCAAAAUUUUGCGCGAAAGCAGUCCUGGUGGAGGUGACGUGGGCUUACGCUGUUCCCUCGAACGACAAGGUAGCGACAGUUGGUCACGGGUGACGUGGCAAUCCGGCGGAACGGGAGCUCCGCAUCCUAACUGCCAUCGGCUCAUCGGACGUACGAGCUCAAACGCCGAACACUAAAUUUACGCAAUCAAAACACGAAGUGCAUGCAAGUGAUGGCAAUGCGAUGUUCUCCUACCGACGUCCGGUGAUUGAAGAAAUUGGGGGACGAGACUCAGUUCCAAUAGGAGAAGGACUUUCCUUUUUUGGCCGCUCCCUCGCUCGCUCUUAUUUUUUACCUCCUAAUGGCCCCUGUUUCCAUAUAUUUUCCUCUGUUUCUCUUGAUAUGCUCCCUUGUUUCUCUGCUGCUUCGGCUUCCACCCUAUAUACAUAGGAGGAGUAGGAGGAGACUUCCCUGUUUUCGGAUUGCUUGAAGGUGGGAUACUUCUGGGCUCAUGUGGAGACCUCAGGUAGCGGACAGGGAUGAUGACGAUGAGUAUGCCAAGCUCAUUAGGAAGAUGAACCUACCAAGGGUUAUAAUCGACAACAAUGCUUCCGAUGAUGCAACUGUGAUUCAGGUGAAUAGUGUAAAUGAGAACGGCAUCCUUCUACAAGUUGUACAAGUUCUUAUUGAUCUCAACCUCAUAAUCACCAAAGCAUACAUAUCUUCUGAUGGAAAAUGGUUCAUGGAUGUGUUCAAUGUGACCGAUCGCAACGGCAACAAACUCAGGGACGAAAAGAUCAUCAGCUACAUACAAACAUCCUUGGAAUCAGAUGCCUGCUUCUUAUCAUCACUAAGAGAGAGUUCAGCUGGUGUGAAGCCCUCCAAUAUUGGAUAUACCUCCAUCGAGCUGACGGGCACCGACAGGCCCGGCCUGCUGUCGGAAAUCUGCUCCGUUCUCACAGACUUCAAGUGCAACGUAGUGAAAGCCGAGCUCUGGACGCACAACACCCGAGUUGCAUCAGUAGUUCAUGUGACCGACGAGUCCACGAGGAGUGCAAUCGAGGACGCAGAAAGGCUCUCCACCAUAAAGGAGUUGCUCCGCAACGUGCUCGAGGGGGACGACGAUUCAAGGAGAGCAAAGAUGACGGUCUCGACGGGGAGCACCCACACGGCGAGGAGGCUGCAUCAGAUGAUGUUUGACGAAAGGGAUUACGAGAGAGUCGGGGUGGUAGAAGAAGGUGACAAGAAAUCCAGACCUCAAGUUGCUGUCGUGGACUGCAAAGAGAAGGACUACACCAUCAUUAUUUUGAGGUCCAAGGAUCGGCCAAAGCUCUUGUUUGACACUGUCUGCACCCUCACAGAAAUGCAGUACGUGGUGUUCCACGGAACGGUGGCCCCAGGAAAUGGUGAAACUUAUCAGGAAUACUGCAUCAGGCACAUUGAUGGGCACCGAGUGAAUUCAGAUGCCGAACGAGACCGCCUGGUCCAGUGUCUUCAAGCAGCUAUUCAAAGGAGAGCUUCAGAGGGACUGGAGUUGGAACUGAGAACAGGAGACAGGGUUGGGCUGCUUUCAGAUAUCACUCGGGCAUUUCGAGAGAACGGCCUGUGCAUCACAAGGGCAGAGAUAUCGACGGAGGAUGCCAAAGCAGUGGAUACUUUCUAUGUCUCGGAGGUGUCAGGGAGCCCUGUGGAUGCCAAGACAAUUGACUUGAUACGCAGGCAGGUAGGCCAGAUGUUUCUAAGAGUGAAGCAGGAGCCCUUUCCAUCCAAACCUUCAGAGGCGACGAGCGCCAUCGGUUUCCUCCUCGGGAAUUUCCUCAAGCGACGCCGUUGAUGAUGCCCAUGAAAUAACCGAGAAUGUCCUCGGCACAAUAAAGGCUUGUAAGAAAAUAUGAAAUAUAUAAAUAAAACUACCUCAUUCUAUUAAUUUAA